AUAAGUGAUGCGCUUUUGUUUUCUCGCGUUAAGUGUUUAUAAGUUGGCUAGACUCAGGAGGGAGAGGGUGUGACUCUGUUUGUGUUCUAAUACUACUACUACUACUACUACUACUACUAUUACUACUGCUGCUGCUACUAUUACUACCGCUGUUGCUGCUAAUAUUAGCGGUUCUGCUGCUACUACUGUUACUACUGCUACUAUUAUUACGCUUAGUGAAUAGUCUCUCUCUCUCUCUCUCUCUCUCUCUCUCUCUCUCUCUCUCUCUCUCUCUCUCUCUCGUCCAUCUUCGCUUCAAUAAAACACACAAGAUGGAAGGCGGAAUGGUUGACCCAGGGUUCCCGGAUCAGCAGGUAGCCUCAACCACCACCACCACCACCAUCACCACCACCACCAUCUACUUCGACAAAUCUUAUUUAAAUAUUAGAAACAUCCCUGCUGUUCUCAAGGCUGCUGUCAUGGCGACGAAUCUGAUUGGCUACUUGUGUUCAGCCUUCUCCCAAUACAACUACCACGCCCAUAGUGAAUGGUUCUGCUUUGUGUCAAUGACUGGCUUCUGGUUCACGGGAAUCCUUCUGGUUCUUUACGUCCUUCAUGUGAUUGAGAAGUUUCAGAGGAUCCCGUGGUUAAAAUUGGAGCUGGGGUACUGUGCAUUGUGGGUGUUGCUGUAUUUAAUCGCCGCUUCAGUAUGCAUCUACCGUGGCGGGGCGGAUUCGGCGGCUGGCUUCUUCGGCUACGUUUCCAUGUGCAUUUACGCAGCAGACGCCUUCCUCAAGUUCAAAGCCUGGCGAGCUGGGGAACUGGCGCAGGGACAAAGGCAGAUGCAGCCCGCCCCUGAGCUGGCUUCCCCUGGGGCUUACUAAAGGGGGUUUAUGAGAAAAAUGUCCCCAGGAGCCGAAGUGGUUGGCGCCGAAAAUGUCUGAGUGAGAUCUGAAGGGGGGACUUUAUUAUUUUUUUCUUUUUUAUGUUUUUCUUUAUUUCUAAGCUUUUCGGGAAUUUAAGGGCUUUGUCAGGGGCGCAGGGGCAGAAGAAAACGCAGCUUGCCCCUAAUUAGUCUUCCCUGGGAGUUAUUAAAGUGAUAAAAUGGGAAAAAUAGCCAAAAUAUUGUGACGCCAUAAUUGUUUUCAACGACAUAUUUGUUCCCAACCUUUCUUUUUCAUUAUUUUGUCUUCCUGCUGCCCCCUGCCUCCCCCUGCUGCCCUCUGCUGCCCCCUGCCUCCCCCUGCUGCCCCCUGCCCCCCCCCAGCAGUAAGAUGGUAACAAAAUGGCGCCGCGUUUCGUUGUAAUGACCAAAGAAUCGAAAAGAUGUGAUUUUUUUUGGAGAUGUUUAAAAAUUAUUCUGUUUUAUUUUGUUUCGUUUGCUGUAUAUAAUUUUUUUUCGGCCCUUGUCUUACUUAAAUGUUACUUAUAAUAUAAUUUAAGCUGUACUACUACUACUACUACUAUUACUACUACUAUUAAUAUUAUAAUUUGAUUUUGAAAUGUUUGUUGACAUGAAUCAGCUGAUCUUGAGGCGCAGUUGCAGUUUACCUUAUUUAUUUUCAUUUAUUUAUAUUUGUAAUGAAUAUUUGACCGACUAGGAAUGUAAUGGCGGCGCCGAUAGGCCUAUUGAAGCCUAUUUUUUUCUUAUAAUUGUUUUUUUAGGCUUUUUUUUUUUUUUUUUUAAGGGAAUAAGUGUGUGUGCGUACGUGUGUGUGUGUGUGAGGUUAUUCAUGCAAAUAUUUUCACUGUCAAUGAAUGAAAAUUACUGAAAAAAAUGUGAAAAAAAAUGUGUUGAUGUUAUUUAAAGGUAAUUGUAAUUAUUAAUGACUGUUGUGAAGUGAUAUAGUGGUUAAUAAUUAAAGUGCUUAUGUGUUUAUUAGGAAAAUGAACGAAAAUUUGUGGGAAAAUGCAAAAUACUCGUGUUUUUUUUAGGUGCGUGAAAAAUUAAGAGAUUUACGAAAUUAAAUGAAAUGAAAACUUACAGAAAAAUAAAUAAAUAAAUAAACAAAAAUAAUAGCAUUAGUAAAAAAUAAGUUAUAAUUGAAAAAAAAAAUGCAUAAUAUUCUUUUUUCUUUUUAUGCUGAAAAAUUAAGAAUAUUAAGAAAUGAAAUGAGUUUGAAAAUAAUGAAAAAGAAAAUAAUAUCGUCUUUUUUUUUGAGUUUAUGCUAAAAAAUCAACAAUAUUGUCAAAGAAAACGAGUGAAAAUUGAAAUAAAGAAAAUGUUCAUAAAAGAAAACGAGUGAAAAUUGAAAUAAAGAAAAUGUUCAUUAAUUUUUGGGGUGAAAUUAAGAAUAUUAGUAAGUUUAAUUAAUAAAAAAAAAAAAAAUGAAAAUAAUAAUAAUGAUAAUAAUAAUAUCGAGUUUUUUUUUUUAACUUAAUGCUAAAAAAAUCUACAAUAUUGUAAAAGAAAACGUAAACAUUGAAAAAAAAAAAGAAAUAUUAACUUUUUGUGAUGGUGAAAUAAUAAUAAUAAUAAUAAUAAUAAUAUAGGAAAAGAAAAUGAAUAAUAUAGAAAAGA